AUGAAAAAAUUGGACAGUCAGGACGCUGUCAAGGAUCACCAUGACAAUGGCAAGGUGAAACAGAGUGAACGCCAUUCUUCGGAAGAGCAACCUUGUACAGAACUUCUGUCGCAGCCACAACAGUCACAGCAAACAAUGAGACCAAGCGAGAGCCAUGGCACCAUCGAACCAUCAAAUUCUUCCUCAAUGCAAACGUUUGACGAUGUCUACUCGCCGAAUCAACAAAAGACUGCAUCAACAUCUGCUUCCGACCAUAAACUAGCGCCUGAAUUCACCUCGCCGACCAAAUCGUUAAAGAGUUUCUUUUUCAAAAAUAGACUUUCAUCCUAUUCCAUUGACAGUAUAAGCGAAGAACCAGAAUUAGAACCUCACGUCGUUAAAGAACAGAAACCUUCAACAGCUCAAGCUGGAACCCACGACUUAACUCCAACCAAGUCUCCAAAUCGACUUUUAAAUUUCAACCUUCGACCAAAGUUUAUUCGCUCGAAGUCAUCGGGAAUGUCUGAUGUCAGUGCUAACACACCCACUCCUUCCAAGUACACUACUUCUAAUCGAAAGAGGGUAACGGUAGACGACUUUGCUGAUACAGAAUCCGACGAAUCUGGUACAAGCAGUGUACAAGACCCCGAAGGAGGCUCCGAAGACGUUGAGUUGCCAGGUUUGCCCAAUGACACAUUUGAUGAAUCAAUAAAUUCUGUUUUGCAAGAGUAUCAUAAUAGGGAUUCAGAUACUAGAACUCGAAGUAUGUUUGUUGAGUCUGACCUUAGACCAAAAAGCGGAGAGUUGUCCUUGCAUGAGAGUGAGCAGUUAAAGUCUGACAUCAUACGGCAAGGUUCGGUAAAAUCAAUUGGAGCAAAAUCAGCACAGAGCGUCGAUCGCUUACCUAGCGACAAAGGUCAGCUUUAUAUUGAUGCUAAAGCGUCACAGGAGCAAUUCAAACGGGGAAACGUCAAGGUGGACCAACAGUCACCAACAAUUUUCAAGAGAGUGUCAGCCCCAUCAGAUGAGAGCAGUCCCAAAACACCCAGAUCGGAUAGAGAUAGUUCAGGUAGUGUUGUACUGCUACGAUUCAAAGUGCACAGUGAUCAGAUUGAACCGGUCAAGACCAAAGCUAAGCAUAUGAGCACAGCUACAACCACCUCCAAUGCCGAAACAAAUAGAUCGUCAUUAAGAGCGUCUGUAAUGUUUAGUGAUGACAGCGAGAUUGAAGAACUGGGAAAACACAAGUAUCCUGAUCCUACAGUCACUCCGUUGGCUACUCCACGAGUGAAUUAUUCCGACAACAGGCACAGUUCUUCAACAGAAUACACCAAUAGAAGUUCCCUUAAUGAUAGUGCAAUAGCAGGUCUGUUGCAAAAUACAUCAUCAAGUAGUGGGCGCCACCAAUCUCCACAUUUGCCGCCAUCGGUACUCCGACAGUCACAAGCGUCUGAUAGUAUUUCGCUUGGAGGCGACGAGUAUCAUUUCGAUGAGGAAACGCUUGCUAAUAAGACCAAUGUGCUCAAUAUCAGCAAUACACACACGUUUGAUGAAACCAUGUUGAAAAGUGAAGACACAAAACACUCAAGCGUCACUCGUUCAUCCAUGUCAUCUGGCGAAUUGUUGCGUAACUUGGUUGGUAGUUCAUACGAUCAAACGAGAAGUAGUGACAAUUCUGAUUCAGUUCCGCGUCCAUUGAGCCAGUAUAGAGAAGGAGGAUCCAGACCUGGAUCCAUGUUGGGAAAUACUUGGACGAAACCAACUCUGAAUGUGCCUGGGAGACUUUCAGAUCCAUCCACAGAGAAUAUUUAUCCAAACUUACCCCCAAAACAACGACUUCCAAGAAUUGAUAGUAGUCAUACUGUCAAUAAUAUGACAGCAGAGCUUGAUGCUACCAACGAAUUGCCAAUUAUGUUGUACAAGAUACAAAACAAGGAUUAUGAUGAGUCGAAAAACCGGUGGUCGGUAUAUGAGAAUCGAAAUAGUCAAAAUACUCAAAAUGAGUCGCGUGGUCGCAUAGAGGCUACCCAGCUGACUCGAUCGGACUCGGACUCAAAUAGUCCUGUUGCCAAUGAACCCUUUGUACCUAAACCUCAGGAAUCGCAUGAUGGUUCUAUAGCUGGGUCAAGUGGAGUUGGCACGAGAUCUGCGGCAAGAGUAUCUAAUGCUUCUUUGACUCUAAGUCAAGGUCAAUCUUUAGGGGAUAGGGAAUUCGGCAAUCAUCAAGAUUUAUCGCAUGAUAUCCCAAAAUCACCAUCACAGCAAGAACAAACAGAUGUACCAGAGGACGCGCAUUUUCGAAAUGAGUCUUUAGUGUUGUCGCAACCAAAGCGCAAUUUAUUCGUCAGUGACCAACAACCAUCAUCAAAUAUGAUUGAUUCGGAAAAACACGUCAAUGAUUAUACCUACAAGUCACCUAGAGAUCAAACAUAUAUCCCACGUCAGCAGCAGAAACAAGAAGGAGAGUACGACUCCUCCUAUCAUUUCCUAUCUUACAGUUGGCUACAGUUUGCGUUGCUUAUGCUCGUUGGAUUGGUUGCACCGCCAAUUUACUUUCUCACCACUAUUGGGUUAUUUGAUGGCAAAGAUCGUCACCAUUCUUAUUAUGGCGGAAUGACGGGGUAUAAAGUGAAUGAUUCAAAUCAAGGUAUCUAUGUGAAAAAGUUUAGUAAACUGCAAAAGAUUGCUAGUUUUAUAAUUGGAUUGAUUUGGAUCUUGAUUGUAUUAGCGAUGAUUGGAGUCGGCUUAGGUGUCGGGUUGACAAGGGGGAAGUGA